AUGGCGGCCAACUCCGCAACCCAGCCUCGCCAUGCCACCACGAUCAUACACAGCUACACGAGCGUCAAGAUGGAGUCGCUGCUCUCGAGAAUCCUGCCUUUGGCCGCAGAUCCGUUCCCGCCCACACAUGUGGCAGGCUCCGAGUUCGAAGGUUUCUUCCUCCGCCUCGAAUCGCACUCGGGCCGCUCGCACGCCGUCCACGGCCAGGCAUCGCCGCAGCUACGGGCAACUACAACGAACAAGACAUCGAAAGCCAAACCAGCAACCAAGCACAGGCGAGAGAGUAGCCUAUCGACCGCAGCGGGCGCAUCGCCAUCUCGCAUCCCGCGUCUCGCCAAGUCAGCCAGGUCGCCGCAGUCAGCUUCUACACGCCGCGGGGCGACACAGCAGGUCAAGCAGCGUCGACCGCGGUCAGCUUCGACAACGUCAGACUCAUCCUCUCACUCUCACAAUUCCACUUCAACUCAUGACGAUCCACCAUCGCCCACUCCACAGCCACGCCGAACCUCGCUUGGGCGUGGCUCACUGCCGGACGGCACGCGCAGCUCGCCCACGCAGCAGCCGAUGCUCACGGACAUCGACCCGGUGUUCGACAGCCCCGAAUCGUAUCUUGCGCAUCCACUCGGACUCGGAAGCUCCGCGAAGCCCAACGGCCUUUCGAAUGGUGCGGAUGAUCGCGGCCUGCCUGCACCUUCGCCGGCCGACUUCAUCCUCGUGGUGUGCGAGCUGCAGUCGGCACCCAUCGACCAGCGCAUCUGCCUGUACAUGCGCUGGAUCGUGCACGGCGAAGAAGCCGCGCUCUUCCAAUCGCUGCACUCUCGCACACAGCAGAGCGACCGGCUGCCUCGCAAUGCGGACAAGGGCAAGCGCAAGAGCAUCGACUCGUUCGAGCUCAUCCGGUACAUCCCCGCGUGGCAGCUCAAGCUCGGCGCACGUGCAAGUGCGAGCAGCGUCCAGCCUUUUCGUAUCGACCUUCCGUCCCCAGCAGGUGAGGUUGAUGGCGACUCGUUCGGCUUCCUGCAGGCGGAUGCGAACGGCAACGUGGUGGUCGACGUGACUCUGCCGAAUGCAGCGAGGUCUUCUGGGACUAGACGCGUGGCGACGCGCGCGCGCGUGCGCUCGACAAAGCACGUCCCAUGGCAUCCGCAGCGCUCGCGCGGGGUGAUGGGGAGCAAAGGUCCCGAGGGGUGGAUCCAGCACCUGGGCGCCGUGUUACCGCUGCACUGGUACGUCCACACCUCGAGCGCCCCUGCCAUGUUUUCCCUCGAGCACGUCGUCCAAUCGGCACCGAGCAACAGCAGUGAGGAGUUGGAGGAUGCCGUGGCGGCCGGACGCGCGUUACUGCACGUCGAGAAGAACUGGGGCCAUGGCUUUCCGUCCGGAUGGAUGUGGGUGCACGGCGCUUCGCCGCUUGCCGACCUGUCGCUGCCGCGCGCCGAUGCAGGGCCCGCCGUGAGACUGUCGCUCGCCGGAGGCUCGAUAAUGGGUCUCACGGCGUUUCUGGUGGGAAUUCACAUCAAGCCCACGCAGGGCAGGGCUGUGGACUGGAACUUCACUCCGCCGUCCGCAGUUGGGCCGCAACAUGCAUCUGACGGUCCGGGGGGUGAGAAGGUGCAUCGCGGAAUCGGCUUCACCAUGCGUCGCAACUUUAAGCGCAAGACGUUCGUGCUCGACGUAUGGGAUGCGACGAGGUGGGCGAGCAUCAGCGUGCACGGUGCAGAAGAGACGUUUGCAACCCAGAUCCCAGGACCGUGUAGAGGAGGCUGGAAACCGGCCUACUGUCACCACUCGUACCGCUGCCAAGCGCGAAUUGUGCUGUUCGAGCGCAGCCUCGCUUCGGUGCUCAAGCUGCCACUCCGUGCAGCACAACCAUGGGCAGCCGUCAAGGCCCUGGCGGCCUUUCAGCCGCUGCACGACGGGAUUGCAUGGGACAAGGUGGUGGAUGUCAACCUGGAUGACCGCGUUGCUCUAGAGUUCGGGGGCGACUUUGCCCAGUAG